AUGAGUGUAGGAGGAGAUUACUAGCAAGAUGACUUCAAUGAUAUUGCCGAUGACACUAAUACCAUUAGAAGUGACCCCAUAUUCAGGGAUAAUUACGAUAAUUUGUUGACUAAGUCACCCAAUCACAAUCAAAACAAUAAAGCCAAAGCACUUUAGGAAAAUUCUCCUGAAGCCUAGGACCUUUUUGAAGAUAAUCAAUCGACAAUUCCUUAAAUUCCAUUGAUCUAGAAAUAACAAUUACCGUAGCCUGAAGAAAAAAAGGAGGAGAAAGUCGUUAGCAAAGUUAGAUCCAAACUUGAGGAAUAUAUGACCAAGAAAGCAGGUUUGAACAUUUAGAAGAUAUCUUCAUACAAAAAAUUAUAAAAUCGUAGCAACAAUUUGAGUAAUGUGAAUUCCAGUCUAAAUUUGGAUAUCUCAUAAAUUAAAGGAGAUGCAUAAAGAAUCCUAAAUGAUAACAGACAAUCAAAAAAUUAAAUUCAUGAAAUAGAGGUGACUUAUCUAGAAGAUGGGAAGAUUCAAUACCAAGAUGCAAAUGGAAAUGUGCAUGAAUAUCUUGACGAAAAAGCGGAAGUUAUAUUCCCCUAUCAAAGCCCAAUGAUCGGUAAGCCAUAGUCGAACCCAGAAGUUAUGGGGAGAAAUGGAGGACUGGACAAAAACUAUAGAUCAUCUCCAGGCUUUUUUAAUGGAUAAACAAAAGGAGGACAUUAAAGAUUGUUUUCAAACUCCCCAAGUGCAGAUGCCAAAAUAUCCUCACGAUAUAUGAAUGUGAAUCAAAAGUAAGCUGGCAGAAGAAUGAUUUCAAGCAUAUCUGAUAUCAAGGGUCAUCCAUUUAAAGUAAUUGAUAUAGCAAUCUAAGAUGCAAAAAUGGUAUUGAUUGAGUCUACUUCUGAAUUUUAAAUACAUGGAGCUUAUGCCCUUAAGGAGUAUUAUAUUUAAUAGCAGAAGAGGCAAGAUAAUUCUAAUACCAAUUAGUCCUAAAUUCUUAAGAAUGAGGACCUAUGGAAUAACGUCUAAGAGGUAGAUGCCGAGCGAGCCAUAGUUAAGCUAAAAAGUAGCAUCAAUAUUAUGAGAAAUGCUAUUAAUUUCGCAGAAGCUGAGUACUUCAAACUUAUGAAGAAUCAGAAUGUUUAAAUGUUUAACAGGAAGGGAAAUAUGGUUUCAUAAAAUACCUCUUUAGGGUUCAAUGGAAAAGCCGGCUCUGAUGAUCACAACUCUAGAAUCACUUACAAUAAGGAUAUCAUUCUUGGUCGAAAAUAAAUUGAGAAAAAGAAUCAUGAGGAGUUGUAUCUUAAACUUUUAAGGAGACACCAAAUUAUUACCUAAAAAGACUAUCUAUAUUAGCUUCAAACUGAUAUCGAAUUUGAAGAGAGAUCAAUCAAGGAGCUAAAUAGUAUAAGAAAAGGCAUCUCCAAAGACUAGCAAGUGAUUGAUAAAACUCUAGUCACUAAGAUUCAUAAGUCUGAGAGCUUUUAAAUAGCUAAGAUUUAAGAACUGAUCUCACUAAAUGAACUUUAUAACAAGAAAAUUGCAUCUUUGAAAGAUUUGAUAUAGAAAUCGAAAACAUUAAAAGAAACACAGGAAAGACAAAGAGAUGAAGCCAGAACAAAGGAAAAUUAGCUUAAAGAUAAAGCUAUAAAUAUUGGGAUAGAUAUCAACAAUAUAUAGGAUAAUAUCGAAGUAGUAGAGGAGACUAAAUCGAUGAUAGUAGAUACGAAGUAGCUUAAAGUAUAGAUCCAAACUUAGCAAGGCAAUCAGAGAAAGGCUCAUUAGGAAAUAAAGAAGAAGAAUGAGAUGUUCUAAGACUUGCUCAAGGCUUAUGCUGAAAAUGAGGACUAUAUGACUGAAAAGAGGAAGAGGGCAACCUAUUUGUAAAACUAAAUAGAAAAUUUGAUCAAAUAAAUCAAUGAUGCAAAGACCACUAGUUUUGAUCAGCAGACUAUUUAUAAUAUGGCAUAGAUAAAAGCGAAGGUGAGACAAAUUGGGCAAAAAGUUACUACAAUUAAUCAGGAAUAGGCUGAAGGCAAAAAUGGAAGAAAGUAACUUUAGAUUAGCAAAUCGAUUACUUUUAGCCCAAGAUACUAUUAAGAGGAUAGAAACUAAUCUUUGCCAUUAGUAAUACCUAUGAGCGAAAAAAUUCAAACAAUGUUCAACUUUAAUAGCAGAAAUGAUUAGAUGGAGUUAAAAGAAGAAGAUGAAAGUCUAAUUCAAAAUAAUAAUCAAACUUUGGACUUGACUAACAUUGAAAAUCAACAGAAUUAAACGAACUAUACUGAUAACUUUAACCCUGUUAAUGAUGGUACUAAAAUGAAUGGUGAUUGUGAUGAUGAUUAAACUAGUCCCAAAGGAGGAAUGCAUUAAAUGCCACCUUCAAAUGCAGUCUUCACUAAGCCUUUAUUCCCUAAGGUGAGAAGAUGA